GCGUGCACGCGCAUGGGCACGCGCACCCGUUCCGCAGCCUCGGACAGACAGAAGAACAGACAGACAGAGGACAGACAGACAGAAGGACAGACAGACAUGAGCUUCUACAGUGAUGCAGCCACGGAGGACAUGAGCGACGAACUGGAGACUCUGGGGUGGUUCCACUGUGACCUGAGCCGCCACGCUGCAGAGGCCCUCCUGCUGACCAACGGGGCUGAUGGGAGUUAUCUGCUGAGGAACAGCAACGAAGGCCCACACUGCCUGGCCCUGUCUGUGAGGGCGAAGGACUCAGUGAAGCAUUUCCACGUGACACGCAGAGGAAACGGAUACGUGUUCGGGUUCAACCAGUUUGAGACUCUGCAGGACUUUGUGAACCACUUCGCCAACCAGCCUCUGGUGGGAAGUGAUACAGGAACUCUCCUUGUGCUCAAGUGUCCGUAUCCGUGGCGUGUCGAGGAGCCGUCCAUCUACGAGUCGGUCCGAGUCCACACCGCCAUCCAGACCGGACGCACGCAGAGCGACCUGGUGGCCAACGCUCCGUCGCUGGGCACAAAGGAAGGAUAUCUGGUGAAACAAGGAGCCAUUGUCAAGAACUGGAAACAGAGGUGGUUCACCCUCAGCAGAUAUGAGCUCAAAUACUUCAAAGACAAAGUGUGUGAUGAACCCAUCCGCAGUCUGGAUCUCAGGUCGUGUUCUGCCGUCCAGUUCGACUAUUCCCAGGACAGAGUCAACUGUUUCUGCCUGGUGUUUCCUGAGAGGACGUUCUAUCUGUGUGCAAAGACAGGAGUGGAAGCAGACGAGUGGAUUAAGAUCCUCAGGUGGAAACUGUCACAGAUAAGGAAGGGCCGAUGACAUCCCAUGAGCUCCAUGAACAGUAACCAUGGCAACAGCAGCAGCAGCAGAGAUGACCCUGAAUGCAUCGUCUGGACGACUGUCCUGGUGGACUGUCCUGGUGGGACUGUCCUAGUGGGGCUGUCCUAGUGGGGCUGUCCUAGUGGGACUGUCCUGGUGGGACUGUCCUGUUAGGACUGUCCUGGUGGGACUGUCCUAGUGGGACUGUCCUAGUGGGGCUGUCCUAGUGGGGCUGUCCUAGUGGGACUGUCCUGGUGGGACUGUCCUGUUAGGACUGUCCUGGUGGGACUGUCCUGGUGGACUGUCCUGUUGGGACUGUCCUGGUGGGACUGUCCUGGUGGACUGUCCUGUUGGGACUGUCCUGGUGGGACUGUCCUGUUAGGACUGUCCUGGUGGGACUGUCCUGGUGGACUGUCCUGUUGGGACUGUCCUGGUGGGACUGUCCUAGUGGGGCUGUCCUAGUGGGGCUGUCCUAGUGGGACUGUCCUGGUGGGACUGUCCUGUUAGGACUGUCCUGGUGGGACUGUCCUAGUGGGACUGUCCUGUUAGGACUGUCCUGGUGGGACUGUCCUAGUGGGACUGUCCUGGUGGGACUGUCCUGGUGGGACUGUCCUGUUGGGACUGUCCUGGUGGGACUGUCCUAGUGGGACUGUCCUAGUGGGACUGUCCUGGUGGACUGUCCUGUUAGGACUGUCCUGGUGGGACUGUCCUGUUAGGACUGUCCUGGUGGGACUGUCCUAGUGGGACUGUCCUGGUGGGACUGUCCUAGUGGGACUGUCCUAGUGGGACUGUCCUGGUGGACUGUCCUGUUAGGACUGUCCUGGUGGGACUGUCCUGGUGGGACUGUCCUGGUGGGACUGUCCUAGUGGGACUGUCCUGGUGGGACUGUCCUAGUGGACUGUCCUGUUGGGACUGUCCUGGUGGGACUGUCCUAGUGGGACUGUCCUGUUAGGACUGUCCUGGUGGGACUGUCCUGGUGGACUGUCCUGGUGGGACUGUCCUGGUGGGACUGUCUUGGUGGACUGUCCUGUUGGGACUGUCCUGGUGGGACUGUCCUAGUGGGACCGUCCUGGUGGGACUGUCCUAGUGGGGCUGUCCUAGUGGGACUGUCCUGGUGGGACUGUCCUGUUAGGACUGUCCUGGUGGGACUGUCCUAGUGGGACUGUCCUGGUGGGACUGUCCUGUUGGGACUGUCCUGGUGGGACUGUCCUGUUGGGACUGUCCUGGUGGGACUGUCCUAGUGGGACUGUCCUGUUAGGACUGUCCUGGUGGGACUGUCCUGGUGGGACUGUCUUGGUGGACUGUCCUGUUGGGACUGUCCUGGUGGGACUGUCCUAGUGGGACCGUCCUGGUGGGACUGUCCUGUUAGGACUGUCCUGGUGGACUGUCCUGUUGGGACUGUCCUGGUGGGACUGUCCUAGUGGGACUGUCCUGGUGGGACUGUCCUGGUGAACUGUCCUAGUGGGACUGUCCUGGUGGACUGUCCUGGUGGGACUGUCCUGGUGGACUGUCCUGGUGGACUGUCCUAGUGGACUGUCCUGGUGGGACUGUCCUGGUGGACUGUCCUGGUGGACUGUCCUAGUGGGACUGUCCUAGUGGACUGUCCUAGUGGGACUGUCCUAGUGGGACUGUCCUGGUGAACUGUCCUAGUGGGGCUGUCCUAGUGGACUGUCCUAGUGGGACUGUCCUAGUGGACUGUCCUAGUGGGACUGUCCUGGUGAACUGUCCUAGUGGGGCUGUCCUAGUGGACUGUCCUAGUGGACUGUCCUGGUGGACUGUCCUAGUGGACUGUCCUAGUGGGACUGUCCUAGUGGGACUGUCCUAGUGGACUGUCCUAGUGGGACUGUCCUAGUGGACUGUCCUGGUGGACUGUCCUAGUGGGACUGUCCUAGUGGACUGUCCUAGUGGGACUGUCCUGGUGAACUGUCCUAGUGGGGCUGUCCUAGUGGGGCUGUCCUAGUGGACUGUCCUAGUGGACUGUCCUAGUGGGACUGUCCUAGUGGACUGUCCUGGUGGACUGUCCUAGUGGGACUGUCCUAGUGGACUGUCCUAGUGGGGCUGUCCUAGUGGGGCUGUCCUAGUGGACUGUCCUAGUGGACUGUCCUAGUGGGGCUGUCCUAGUGGACUGUCCUAGUGGGACUGUCCUAGUGGACUGUCCUAGUGGACUGUCCUGGUGGACUGUCCUAGUGGACUGUCCUAGUGGGACUGUCCUAGUGGACUGUCCUGGUGGACUGUCCUAGUGGGACUGUCCUAGUGGACUGUCCUGGUGGACUGUCCUAGUGGGACUGUCCUGGUGGACUGUCCUGUUGGGACUGUCCUAGUGGACUGUCCUGGUGGACUGUCCUAGUGGGACUGUCCUAGUGGGACUGUCCUGGUGGGACUGUCCUAGUGGGACUGUCCUGGUGGACUGUCCUGUUGGGACUGUCCUAGUGGACUGUCCUGGUGGACUGUCCUAGUGGGACUGUCCUAGUGGGACUGUCCUGGUGGGACUGUCCUAGUGGGACUGUCCUAGUGGACUGUCCUGGUGGACUGUCCUAGUGGGACUGUCCUAGUGGACUGUCCUGGUGGACUGUCCUAGUGGGACUGUCCUAGUGGGACUGUCCUGGUGGGACUGUCCUAGUGGGACUGUCCUAGUGGACUGUCCUGGUGGACUGUCCUAGUGGGACUGUCCUAGUGGACUGUCCUGGUGGACUGUCGUAGUGGACUGUCCUAGUGGGACUGUCCUAGUGGACUGUCCUGGUGGACUGUCCUAGUGGGACUGUCCUAGUGGACUGUCCUAGUGGACUGUCCUGGUGGACUGUCGUAGUGGGACUGUCCUAGUGGACUGUCCUAGUGGACUGUCCUGGUGGACUGUCGUAGUGGACUGUGAAUGUAUAAUUCUGAGUGUUUUCUUCAGUGUUUGUUGUGAAUAAAUGUUCUCUCUCUCUU